AUGGAAUAUUUUGGAGAGAUUUCUAUUGGGACUCCUCCUCAGAAUUUCACAGUGAUUUUUGACACCGGUUCCUCCAACCUUUGUAUACCGUCUCAUUACUGUAUCAGCAAAGCUUGUGAUAAGCAUUCCAAAUUUCACCCUACAAAAUCCAGCACCUACACUGAAAUUGGAGAAAGGCUUUGCUUUGCAUAUGAAUCUGGGAGAGUAAUAGGAUUUACUGGAACCGAUCAAGUGACUGUUAAGGGAAGCACUGUUUCCAACCAGCAGUUUUUGGAGAUUGUCACAGAGACUGCUGACCCCUUUUGGAAUGCAAGCUUUGACGGGAUUGCUGGUCUGGCCUACCCAUCUCUGGCACCUGAUGGGAUGACCCCAAUGUUUGAUAAUAUGAUCGCUCAAAAUGUGGUGGAGCUGCCAAUAUUCUCCUUCUACUUGAACAGGAACCCAGAUGAUUACAUAGGAGGUGAGCUGAUUUUUGGUGGCUAUGAUCCCUCUUUUUUCAUUGGAAAUCUCAACUGGACUCCAGUCACUCAGAAAGGAUUCUGGCAGAUACAAAUAGAUAAUAUCCAGGUGGGAGGGACAAUUGCAUUCUGUGCAGAAGGCUGCCAGGCUAUUGUGGACACAGGGACUUCUUUCCUGGUUGGUCCAUCUGAGGACAUAACGCAAUUGCAUCACUCAAUCAGUGCACAACUUGUAGAAGGAAUGUAUAUUGUAGAAUGCAGUAACCUCAAUACGAUACCAGAUGUUACUUUCACAAUCAAUGGGAUCCCCUACCCUCUUACUCCAGAGGCCUAUACCCUUAAGUUCAGUGACAACGAAACGCAGGUGUGCAUAAGUGGCUUUUAUGAACAUGACGUGAAAUCACCAAGUGGCUUAUUAUGGAUCUUGGGGGAUGUUUUUCUCAGAUCAUACUACUCUGUGUUUGACCGUGGGAAUGACAGAGUUGGGUUUGCUCCGGUUGUUCUUUAAGGCACUUGGAUUUAUCAAAAUUGAAUCAGACUCUGAGAAGCUGAAGUAAAGCUGCACUC